CUUGCAGGGCCACAGGGCCAGUGCAUGGCCUGCGCAGGCGGAAUCAAAGGACAGCGCCCGCCCUGCUGCUGAGCCGUCCGCCCAGCGAAGAGAGCGCAUCUGUGCGGAAACAAUGGCUCCGACUCCAGUGCACUUGUUCUCCCAUGGCUCGACCAUGAUGCUGGGCGAAGCGUCCGAGUCGGCCGACUACUGGAAGCAAUGCGGCGACGAGGCGUUGGCGCACGGCAUCAAGGGCGUGGUCAUGAUGCUACUUAACACUCCCCAGGGCGCACACUGGGACAGUCGUGGCAAAGACAAGAUCGAGGUCUCGACGAACCCCAGGCCUGCCAAGUCCCCCGUGGCCUACGUCCACCCGUCAAAGUACGUCGACUAUGAGUUGGUACCCGAUCUGCACGGCGCAAAACGCUGUAUCAGCAUGCUGGCAUCCACCGGCUUCAACGUUACUGGCAACGACACCUUUGACUGGAUCCACGAUACGUACCUCAUUCUGAUCCGCAUGUUCCCCGCAAAAUGCCCUCCCACCACCGUCAUCUCGCUCAACUCCCGCUUUGAUCCACACUUUCACAUGAAGGUGGGAGCGGCGCUGCGCCCUUUGCGAGAACAAGGCUACCUUCUCAUUGGUUCUGGCGGUGCGGUCCACAACUUGUAUCGCAAUGAAUGGCGGCCAAUGCUGCAGUACUCGGACAACUUUGCACAGGAAAAGCCACCAGCGGAUUGGGCACUGGAGUUUCGCCAGGCCGUGGAAGACGCCAUUUCGAACAACAGCGGGCCCUUCCUUCGGCGAGCUGUCACCAGGUUGAUGAAGCAUCCCAGGUUUAGAGACGCCCACGCCACUGACGAUCACUUCAUGGCUGCAAUGUUUGUUGCGGGCGCAGCAGGUAGCGAGGAUGAUUUGGGAACAUAUGGCGAACUGAAGGCCGAGACCUGGGAACUCACCAACAUGAGCAAUUCGCAGUUCACCAUCGGCCGCUGGCAGAGCGUGCCAAUUGCCAGCAUUUGA